CUCAAUUUCAUCACAGCAAAUUAACUAGCCUUCUUCAAUAUUCAAAUUAAGCCUUUUCUACACCAAGUGUGCUUAGAACUUAAUUUCAAAAUGGCUUGGUCCAUGAGCUUCUUCAUUUUCAUAGCUCUCCUUGCUUUUGCACCAAUUUGUUUCUCUUUUAAGAGUAACAAUGGUUACCUAUACCCACAAUAUUAUUACCGAUCAUGCCCAAAAGCACAAGAAAUUGUUAAGUCUGUUGUUGCCAAGGCUGUUGCUAAAGAAGCCCGAAUGGCUGCUUCGUUGCUGAGGCUCCAUUUCCACGACUGUUUUGUCAAGGGAUGUGAUGCAUCUCUGCUUCUGGAUAGCAGCAGAGGCAUUGUAACAGAAAAAGGAUCAAACCCUAACAGGAAUUCAGCUCGCGGAUUUGAAGUCCUUGAUGAGAUUAAAUCUGCACUGGAGAAGGAAUGUCCUCAAACUGUCUCUUGCGCUGAUAUAUUGGCACUUGCUGCAAGGGAUUCUACUGUAUUAGCUGGUGGACCAAACUGGGAGGUUCCAUUGGGAAGAAGAGACUCCAGAAGUGCCAGUUUAAGUGGCUCCAACAACAACAUUCCUGCUCCAAACAACACAUUUGAUACCAUUCUCUCAAAGUUCAAGAGACAAGGACUUGAUCUUGUUGACCUUGUAGCUUUAUCUGGGAGCCACACAAUUGGAAACUCGAGAUGUACCAGCUUCAGGCAAAGGCUCUACAACCAAUCAGGAAACAGUCAACCAGACUCAACACUGGAUCAAUCAUAUGCUGCCCUAUUGCGCAAUAGGUGCCCAAAAUCUGGAGGUGACCAAAACCUAUUUUUCUUGGACUUUGUCUCUCCCACAAAAUUUGAUAACAGCUACUUCAAGAACUUGUUGGCUUCAAAGGGCCUCCUGAACUCAGACCAAGUUCUUGCUACCAAGAGUCAAGCAUCAUUAGCCUUGGUGAAACAAUAUGCAGAGAACAAUGCGCUUUUCUUCGAGCACUUUGCCAAGUCUAUGGUUAAGAUGGGGAACAUCUCGCCUUUGACAGGUUCCAGCGGAGAGAUCAGGAAGAAUUGCAGGAAGAUGAACUGAUCUUAAUAGCACAUUACCUUCAUUACAGCAACAGAUAUCAAUAACUAUGCAUCUAUCGUUGAACUGUUAUGUAUUUUCUACUUGUGUUCUUUUUUCCAACAUUUUUCUUGGCUUUUUCGUCCUUGAGGAUUUCACUGCUUGUGUCCAUCCUCAAGGACCCCCUUUUGUUGAAGGAGUAUUUGGAGUUGCUUUAUUAAAAGUGUGCUAAAAUUGUCAACCAUGA